UUCAGACCACAGGCAGUGCCAGUAGUGACCAUUUUGCUGCCUGCUCUGUGCAGAACUGGGGGCUGUGAGUGGGACAGGCUGAUGGCUUUUUGGGGCACACAGAACCUUCCAUCUCUACUGCCUUGUCCACACUAGAGAGUGGAUUUUCCUAGAGACAUACCUGGAGAGUGGGAAGGAUGAAGAGCAAAUCAUUCCCUGCCAGUGGAUGCUGUGUUUGUUGCAAACCCACGAGUUAUGUCUUGCAGGAGUUCUUGCUGUCAAUCCACAGAGGUUCCAGGCUGAGAUCAGCUCAUCUCUGUCCUUUGCCAGGAGAGUGAGGACCAGACUCUGCACCACACACUUCCAGAGCUGGAGACGAGUGGGUUGAAUUCCAUCCAGAGACAGGAUGAGGAAUGGGUUGUGUUUUGUCUUUCCAUGCCCAGUAGAUAUCCUAAUUUAAAGCUGUGCUGUCUUCCCACAUUCUGCUUCUUCCUCUGAGAAGACCCAUCCAUUUUGUUCCUGUCCAUUCCACCCAUCCCUCUAAAGAUCUCCAUUACUGGAGUAAUUGGCACUAUUGGAUCAGCCUUCGGUGUGAUGAGCAGUGGAUUUUUGUAGUCAACACGCCAAUUUAAAGUGCCACAAAUAAAAGAUCAAUUACUUCUUUCCUGGAGAAGAAAUUAAGUCGGGACAGCAGGUGGGAGCUUUCCAAGCCAGACAAAGGAGACCUGACAAGGACCUGUGGUGAAGGGACAAGCCCAAGGCAAGGAAGUGUCCGGUCACCUCCUCUCCUGGAACAGGCAGCAGGGACCUGGAGAGACAGGAGACAUCUUGCACGACUCAACACCUGGAGCAGUGCUAACCAGGUGGGCAGCCCUGAUGUCAGCCAAGCUCUACGUGCUCAUCAGCUGGCCUGAUGGCAGCCGGGUCAUCAACAUGGAGAACAUCAAGGAGCCCCGCAAGCCCUUCCACCUCUACACUGUGGGGGAACAGGUCCUGGCCCGCUGCCCUGGCUUCAGUGGGCUCUACUGGGGUGUGGUGGAAGGCAUAAGUGAGCAUAAAGGUGUUUUGGAGAAGAAGCUGCUGGAAGAUCGACAGCUCCUGGAGAAGUUAAAAGAAGAACCAGCUGUCCACAGCAUGAUGCCGUCCCCACCAAAAAAAUCCAGGAAAACCUUUCCAAAAUGCACCCCAGGGAAUGCAUCCAAGAAAUACACCAGUGACAGGACCUAUCCUGCAAAGCCCCUGCUGAGGGUGGCUGAGGCCAGCCUGCCCCACGAUGCCAGCAGCUCCUCCAUCCUCAAGGACAGGCGUGUCCUGGGAAGUGUGGCAGGAAGCCCCCGCUCGCUGGCAGCUGCCCCCCACCCAGCCAGUGCCUUCACACCUCCAUCCACCUUCAUCACCAUGGCCGUGCCAGGGCCAGGGACUUCCCAGAGUGAAGAGGACAGGGCUGGUCCAGCUGCCAGAGAUUACGUUGCCCUUCCAAUGAAGAGGAAGUCAGAUGGCAUCUUGUCCCCAUGCCAGCAGCAGAUCUGUCUGAACAGCCGCGAGGAGCGAAAGAUUGAUGCUUUGCAAGAGAUGGAUGGCUUUGAGAGGGUUCACAAAAAUUUCAGUCCUGGUGAGGUGGAAAGGGUGGAGAAGAUGGAGCAGCUUGAAAGGAUGGUGUUGGACCUCCAACAGGACGUUCUCUCUCUGAAGAAGAAGGUGCAGAGGCUGGAAUCCCUGUCCUUCCAGGAGGAGCCGCACCGACAGCCAUGUGAGGUGGUGGAGCUCUUCAACGGCUACACCAAGGAGCAGCUCAAAGAGACCAUCAGGUUUGACCAGAAAAUCAGCACAGCCUGCAAGACUCUGCUCUACAAACUCUUCACCUCUGACUACAUCCAGAGCCACUCCAUCACGGGGCGCAGGGGCAACACCUUCCGGGAGGCGAAGCCCAUGAUGGACGAGCGCUGCAUCAAAAUCAUCAGGGUGCUGCUGAAGCAGAAGUUUGGGGAUCACCUCAGUGACACCGUGAUCACAGAGAAGAUCCAGAACGUGCAGAAAGCCCUGAGGCAGAAGUUUAAGACAGAAUGUCUCUGAGGCAUGGGGGAUUUGGUGUCUCCUGCCAUUCCCGUGCGUGUCCCUGAGCAGCCUUCCCAGGAGAGAUGAGCUGAGUACUGCUGCUUAGUAGAUUUUCCCCAGGGAGCCAGCCCAAGUAAACCAUGUGCUAAACACAGCUCAAACACUGCCAAACCUCUGCCUCCACUAACCGAGCAGGAACUGGGCUCAGCUUGGCUCAGUUUUUGCACUCCACAAAUUCCUUCCCAUCCAGUCUGUGUGCAGACCUCACUGUGGGUGCAUGGAAUCACCUCUCUGACUCUGAUGAAUGUGCUCAGAGGCUUCAGGGCUCCUUCUGAGUCCAAGAAUGGUUCAGGAAGGUAGCUCUGUUCCAGACUGCAGAAAUGUUGGCUUUGGGAUGGGGAACCCAGCUGCAGACAGACUUUGUCACCCAAUGUGGCUUCUUUCUGUCUGCCUUUGGUUGCCUCGUUCUGCCUGUGGGACAAUAUUUACUCUUUGCUCACAGUGAAUGUUUUAUUUCCAGCACUAACAGAAAGGCAGACUCAUUAAAACGACAUCUUAAAACAUUCAGAAAAAGAUAACUUGAUUUUUUUUCUCUUUAUUUUAAUGUAAUUAUAUGGAGGAGUUGUCUUCCCUAACAAAAGCCUGCUGAACAAGAGAAGGGGUCACCUAUGGAAGUUACAUGAAUUUUCCUUCCAAUAUCAGAUUAUUUCCAUACAGGAGAAAUCCCUUACAUUUCUACGACACAAGAGUGAGGGAUGGAGGACAAAAUAUGGCCCAACUUUGCUUCAAAGAUAUACAUCUUGUGGACACUGUCACUGUUAUUUAAAUACAGUAUUUUUAUCCUAGAUAAGAAGUGCCAAGUACAACCAGACCCUUUGCUGAAGGUCUAGAAAGACACAUCUUUUCCUAAAUAAUUCAGAGCUGGAGUGUGGGUGGGUUAAAAUUGUUCUAAACGUUAAAAGAAUGAGAUGCUGACACCAGUCCAGCACUUAACAGAAGUGCUGCAAAAUACCAAACAUUCCCUUUUACAGAGGCUUCUCAGACAAGGAAUUGGUUUUCUCAGCUUAAUUUUUAAAUUAUUCAGGAAGAGAAAUGCCAGUGGGUUUGCAUUAAUCAAAACAUUUGGUUUCAUUUAUAUGUUUUGUUGUGUUUUCAAGUAUUUAAUUUCUUCACAGUUACAUGAGAAAUAAUAAUGCAAAAUAAAUGUAUUGGAGAAACAAGGAGCUGUUUUGAAAGGGGGGGAAAAAAGAAAGGUGUUAUUCUCAGAAUUUUCCUCUCCCUUCAGCCUUUUUUUCUUUUGAGUUCAUCCAUUAAAGUGGGGUUAAUGCUGUGAUGUGUUUUGGUUUUGGAGGGAGAUAGGCUUGCUAAUGUUUCUGGCACUAUUUUCAUCAGAUGUUUCUAACAGUCAUGUUAAAUUUCAGAAGUAGCUACUAAAGAUAUUCCUUCUGUUUUCCCAGUGCAAAUGCUUUUCCUAACUAUUGUGCAAACACAUUGGUGGUGGUUUCUCCUUUGUAGGGACCUUGGCCUGAGCAGCAUCUGGAGCAAGUCUGCUGUGGUCACUUAGAGCCCAGAGUGCAGCCAGCCCUGGAAAAUCCACUGAAACUGAGCAGAACUGCCCCAAAACCUCCUCAGUGCAGAAACACACCUUGAAAUCCACCAGCCCUGCCAGAAACCUGGGACCUUAGGCUGGAAUCACUGCUCAGGAAAAUGCCUGUUUUUAGUGUUAACAGAGAGAAGAUUGAGGAGGCACAACCAGCCUUAUCCUGCAGAACCUUAAAGCUCAUCUUGUUCCACACCCUACCAUGGGCAGGGACACCUUCCCCUGUCCCAGGCUGCUCCAAGCCCUGCCCAACCUGGCCUUGGACUCUUCCAGGGAUGGAGCAGCCACAGCUUCUCUGGACACCCUGUGCCAGGGCCUCUCUCAGUCUUUCCUCCCCAUGUUCAUCAUAUCCCUCACCAAGCUGCAGCCUGGAAAGCCAGCUCAUGAACGCUAUUUAUUAAGAGAAGUGCUGCUGCUGUCCUCCCCCGCUGAGCCCCCUCUGAGGAGCUGCAGAUCAUUACUGUGAGCAAAGGGAGAAAAAAGAGCCCGGGCAUGGACUCGCUGCGGGGUGCCACGGCUCCCAAAACACGCAGCUCUAAUCACCUCCUCUAGAAGCAGAUGAGCUGGGUGACCUUUCUGCUUAAAAAACCCUUUGGUGGCUCCCUCAGGGGUGACUUCCCAGCCUAACACUCUUGCUGGUGUUCAGGAGUGCUCGUGGUAAGUGGGCUGAUGGAUGCUCUGCACCUCCGUGGGCAGCACAGCCACAGCACUAAUGAGCCAGCGCUCAAAUGGGCCCUUCUCGGCUGUGAAAGUUGUCCUCAGAUACUCUCAAAGGCUUUGAUGUGGCAGAGAGGGUUGAAGAACGGCAACGCAGGCGGCUUUUUUGUCAAAUUUCAUUUUUUAAAGUAUUUGUGAGCCGGAGGCAGCGCUUGCAGGCUAAUUGGGAGCACGGGCAGCCGCCGGAUCAAACGCCAGCGCCAGGAUGCCGAUGCUCUCACCUCCCUGAACUCUCCAGCUCUGGCUAAUCAGCCUCGAGAGGGAGGAUCACACAGCACUGGCAUGUGGCAUUCCCCAGGGGAUGCAGGGGUCAGGGCAGAUGGAGGAGGAGGAGGAAGGUUUGUGCCAGAAACGAUUCACUCAGGGAUGUUCAAAGCCUGUGUCUGUCAAGCGGUGAAGGGCAGCUCCAUUGAAUGGAAUUAACUUCCCACUUUAAAUGAAUUGCCAGGAAAAAGUGGACAGCACUUGCUGUUGAGAUUAAUUACUCUGCUGAAUCUGCAGCAUCUUGUUAAAAAAUGGUUUUCCUGCUCAUCUUCUGGGUGAGGUGGGUGCAGGAGGGUGUGGACAGUGAAAAUGAGGGUCAGAACUCAGGGGAGGUCUCCAAGGAGGUUUUGCAUUUGGUUCAAAAGCAAGAGACAUGGUGCCUGUCAACAUUUGCAGAAGCAGGAUGGGAAUGGAGCAUCCAGACCUCUCUCCCUCCAGGAGGAGCUGGAGCAGCAGGGCUGAGCUCGGGUUUGAUUCCCCUGGGAUGUGCAGGGACCUCAGUGGGCUGUGGGGUUCUCUGAGGGCCCUUGGUCCCCAGCACCCCAAAACUGCAAUGGGGCCCUGCCACACCCCACCACCU